AUGGCCUCGUCGUCCUCGGCGGAGGCUGCGAGGGCGCACGUGGAGCGAAUCCGGCGGGAACGGUUCUACAUCGGGCGGGAGGAGAGGAACCCGCUGGCGGAGGACAUACACCAGGCAGUCAGCUACCUCUCUGAGGAACUCUACCCCAAGGACGUCCAUCUCCUCUCCUCAUGGAGCUCAUCCAGGUUUGCUUUUGUGCUCUUCGCUGCCAUGGUAAUGAUCUACCAUUGUGUUUCUCCAUGGUGCAAGCACGCAAACAUCACACCAGGACAGCAGCCCGCCAAGAUAGGUCGCAUGUCGCGCUGUAAUGCUGAGGACAACAAAUAUCCAUUGGAUGUGUCGCCAGCACUGGAGUUCGUCAUAACAGAAAAGGACAUUACUGCUACAGGAGCUGGCUGGACACUUGUUGUCUUCAAUAAUGAAAGGGGAUUUUCGGCAGCAAACAUUGAAUCCAUAUGUAGGAUUGGCAGGUCAACUAAGAAAGGAAACAAACAUCUUGGCUACAUUGGUGAAAAAGGUAUUGGUUUCAAAAGUGUAUUUCUAGUUUCAAGUCAACCACACAUCUUCAGCAAUGGAUAUCAGAUAAAAUUCAAUGAAAAGCCUUCAGCAGAUUGUGAUAUAGGAUACAUUGUUCCUGAAUGGGUUGAUGGGAAGCCAAAUAUUGAUGACAUAAGAACAGUAUAUGGCCCUUCUAGGAGCCUUCCUACAACUAUUACUAUCUUACCUCUGAAGACUGAUAAGAUACUUGCUGUGAAGAAAGAACUUUCUAGCACACAUCCUGAAAUUCUUUUGUUUCUUUCAAAGAUUAGGCAGCUCUCUGUCAGGGAAAUGAACCAUGAUCCUAAGGCCAGUAGGAUCAGCCAGAUUUUGAUCUCCAGUGAAGUGGACUACAGGUCGAGGAAGGACAUAGAUGCGGAGUCUUACACGCUUCAUCUAGCUAUGCAGGAAAUUAGCAAGGGAGAAACAGAAGAGUGCACCUAUUAUAUGUGGAAGCAGAAGUUUGAAGUCCAACAAGACUGCAGAAUUCAGAAAAGGAUGGAAGUUGAUCAAUGGGUAGUUACGUUGAUAUUUCCUCAUGGACAGAGACUAAGCAGAGGAGCAAAAUCGCCUGGCGUAUAUGCAUUCCUUCCUACAGAGAUGGUCACUAAUUUGCCCUUUAUUAUUCAAGCAGAUUUUCUUCUAGCUUCAUCCCGAGAGUCCAUUUUAUUUGACAGCCAAUGGAAUCGCGGUAUACUUGAGUGUGUACCUUCUGCUUUUGUCAAUGCUUUUGGAGCUCUCUUGAAAUCGUCAAGGGAUGCCCCACAUUUUGCUCUCGCACCCAUUUUCAGGUUUCUGCCAAUUCAGGACUCUUCAAUAUCACUUUUUGAUAAUGUCAGGCUGUCCAUAAAAACCAAAGUUGAAGCUGAGGAUAUAAUGCCUUGUGAAUCAUGA